GUUACAUUGCCGCUUAACAUGAUGUCAAGAAAUAAUUUGGAGGUGUCUACCUGUAAAAUGACAGAGCCAUUUAACUUUGAGAAAAAGGAAAGCAAGCUUCCACUACAUGAUUUUUUAAGAAGUCCCGGAGGACAUCCUAAACAUCCUAAUUUUAGGUUGAAAAGCCCAGAGAAUGGAAACAAAAAGAACAAUUUUUUGCUUUGUGAGCAAACCAAACAGUAUUUGGCUAGUCAGGAAGACAAUUCAGUGUCUUCAAACGCCAACAGCAUCAAUGGAGAAGUGGCUGGACCCAAAGGAGACAGGAAGACAUUGCCAAUAGGUAACCCUGUGUCACCAUUAAAUGUUGGAAAUAAUUCACCAUCCAAAGAAGUAAAUAGUAAGCAUGGCAAUAGUGUUCUUCCUGCAAAAUCGAAAAAAGUACACAAGGUGGUUGAGAAUUCAUUGUCUAUAAGCAGUCCAGCAUUCUUCAGCUCCGUGGGACCUCCUCUUCGGUCGACAACCUGCCAUUGCUGUGGGCUGUUUGGGUCUCUGAGGUGUUCCCAGUGCAAGCAGACAUACUACUGCUCCAUAGCGUGCCAGAGGCGAGACUGGUCGGCCCACAGCAUCGUGUGCAAGCCUGUUCAGCAAAAUUUCCACAAACUUGAGGAUAAUAAAUCACCUUUUGAAACGAAGAAUGUGGACGUGAAAGACGAGAGAGACUGUCCUCUUGGAGUUACUAAAGAAAAAGCCCUUGGUGCUGAUAAAAUAAUGUUUUCUGAUUUGAGAAGCCUACAACUCAGGAAAACCAUGGAAAUAAAGGGUGCGGUUACUGAAUUCAAACACCCAAGUGACUUUUAUGUGCAGUUAUAUUCUUCAGAAGUUUUAGAAUGCAUGAACCAACUCUCCACGAGCUUAAAGGAAACAUAUGCAAAUAAGGUGCAUGAAGAAGAUUAUAUCCCUGUGAAGGGGGAAGUUUGUGUUGCCAAGUACACCGUUGAUCAGACCUGGAACAGAGUAUUAAUACAGGACGUUGAUGUGCUGCAGAAGAAGGCACAGGUCUUGUAUAUUGAUUAUGGAAAUGAGGAAGUAAUUCCAGUAAGCAGCAUUCACCAGCUAAACAGAAACAUUGAUUUGUUUCCUCCUUGUGCCAUAAAAUGCUUUGUGGCCAGUGUUAUCCCAGCAGAGGGGAGUUGGAGCAAUGAUUGUAUCACAACUAUUAAGUCACUGUUAAUGGAGCAGUUCUGCUCUGUAAAGAUUGUGGACAUCUUCGGCGAGGAAGUGGUUACCUUUGCUGUGGAUGUGAUGCUGACAAGUUCAGGAAAACUGUUAGAUCACGUGCUCAUAGAAAUGGGAUAUGGCUUGAAACCCAAGGGACAAAAUUCUAAGAAGCAAAGUGCAGAUUCAAGUGAUCUCGAAGAUGUUGGGAAAAUGACAGCUGAAAACAAAAUUGUUGUAGACAGAAGUGACCUAAUUCCCAAAGUGCUGACUUUGAAUGUAGGUGAUGAGUUCUGUGGUGUGGUUGCCCACAUUCAGACUCCAGAAGACUUCUUCUGUCAACAGCUACAAAGUGGGCAUAAGCUGGCUGAACUUCAGGCAUCACUUAGCGAGUACUGUGGUCAGGCGUCUCCACGGUCAGAUUUUUAUCCGACCAUUGGUGAUGUCUGCUGUGCUCAGUUCUCAGAGGACGGACAGUGGUACCGUGCGUCUGUCCUGGCCUAUGCUUCUGAGGAGUCUGUGCUGAUCGGAUAUGUAGACUAUGGAAACUUCGAAAUCCUCAGUUUGACAAGACUUUGUCCCAUAACUCCAAAGUUGUUGGAGUUGCCAAUGCAAGCUAUCAAGUGUGUGCUGGCAGGAGUAAAGCCAUCAUUAGGAAUUUGGACUCCAGAAGCUAUUUGUCUGAUGAAAAAUAUUGUACAGAACAAAAUGAUGACAGUGAAAGUGGUGGACAAGCUGGAAAACAGUUCCCUGGUGGAGCUGAUAGAUCGGUCCGUGACACCACACAUCAGUGUCACCAAACUACUCAUCAACACAGGCUUUGCUGUGGGGAACAAGGAGGUGGUGGCAGAUAAGCCCAGUGACGUGAAGGAAACUGAUGUUCCCUUGGGUGUAGAAGCAAAAGUGAGUUCGUUGGAGUGGACAUGGGUUGAACUUGCUGUUGAUGAAACAGUAGAUGUUGUUGUCUGUAUGAUGUAUAGUCCUGGAGAGUUUUACUGCCAUGUGCUUAAAGAGGAUGCUCUGAAGAAACUCAAUGAUUUGAACAAAUUGCUAGCAGAUUAUUGCCAGCAGAAGUUGCCUAAUGAUUUUAAGGCAGAAAUAGGGCAACCUUGUUGUGCUUUUUUUGUAGGUGACGGUAACUGGUAUCGUGCUUUAGUCAAGGAAAUCCUACCAACUGGAAACAUUAAAGUACGUUUUGUGGAUUAUGGAAACACUGAAGAGGUUGCUGCAGACGAACUCCAGAUGAUCCCAUCAGAAUUUUUAGAGCUUCCGUUUCAAGGGGUACAGUGCUGGCUAGCAGUUACACAGCCUAGAAACAGACAUUGGACGAAAGAAGCCAUAGCAAGAUUCCAGGCGUGUGUUGCAGGGAAAAAACUCCAAGCCCGAGUGGUUGAAAUCAGUGAAAAUGGAGUGGGAAUUGAACUCACCGAUCUUUCCACUUCUUAUCCCAGAAUAAUUGAUGAUGUUCUGAUUGAUGAACAUUUGGCGUUAAAAGCUAGUUCACCACAUAAAGAUUUAGCAAACAAUAUACCUGUUAAUAAACAUGAUCUUCAAAUCGAUGCCCCAGGCCUUCAAGCCAUCUCUUCAGCUGAGCAAUGGAGGACAAUUGAAUUGCCAAUAAAUAAAACUGUACAAGCAAGCGUAUUAGAAAUCGUAAACCCAAACUUGUUUUAUGCUCUACCAAGUGAAGUGGCAGAACAGGAAAAACUGUGUGUAUUGACAGCUGAAUUGUUAGAAUUUUGCAAUGCUCAGAAAAGUAGAUCGGCCUAUAGACCAAAAAUUGGAGAUGCGUGCUGUGCCAAAUACACAAAAGAUGACUUCUGGUACCGUGCCGUUGUUCUGGGGACAUCGGAUGCUGAUGUGAAAGUGCUCUACGCGGACUAUGGAAACAUUGAAACUCUGCCUCUCUGCAGAGUGCAGCCAAUCCCUGCCAGCCACCUGCAGCUUCCUUUCCAAAUUAUUAAAUGUUCUUUCGAAGGACUAAUGGAAUUGAAUGGAAGCUGUUCUCAAUUAAUGAUAGAACUACUAAAAAAUUUCAUGUUGGAUCAGAAUGUAAUGCUUUCUGUAAAAGGAAUUAUCAAGAAUGUCCACAUAGUUUUGGUUGAGAAGUGUUCUGAGAAGGGUACUGUCAAUAUAGCUGAUAAGCUGGUGAUGUACGGUCUGGCAAAAAACAUCACAUCGAAAAACCAAAGUGCUUUAAAUAAAGAAAAGAUGAACAGGGUGAAUUGCUGCUGCACAGAGUUACAGAAACAAGUUGAAAAACAUGAGCAGAUUCUUCUCUUCCUCUUAAACAAUCCAACCAAUCAAAAUAAAUUUAUUGAAAUGAAAAAAUUGUUAAAAAGUUAAAAACAGUCUCUUGGAGAUAAAACACUUACGAGAAAGGAAACAGCGAAGGCUAGACUUAGGAGAGAAAGUACAGCAUCUCGUGUUUUUGUUUAGUGGGAACUUAAUGGCCUUUUACGCCUUCAUUUCUGUUUGCUUACCACUCUUCUAUUUAGGUUGGGUAGUUGUAUUUUUCCCCCUGUAAUUUCUUCCUCCCAAGGAAGUCGUGCAUGAAAGAUUGAUACCAAAUGCCUGGGAGUAUCGGGAAGGCAUGCAUAGGAGCUUUUCCAGUGUAUAUAUAACUUUUUAUUACUUAAAGUUUCUGAAGAAAAUAUGGCUCCACGUCAGUACUGGAUCAGUCUAAUUGGUACACGAGUGUUAUUUUUUGGACUUUAUGUAUGUUUGAUGUAUUUCAUAAUAAAAUGUGUCUUCUCCCUAUCACAGUCGGCCUCUUUCACAUAAUAAAUGUUCUCUGGUUUGUCGUUGCUUCGAUCUCUGCUCAUCUUUUCCUGAGGCUCCGGGGUCAUCAGCCUCUUUCUCUCCAUCCUGACGUGGGUCACUUGUCCUUCGGCCCUUGGGCUCGCAGCGCGUGACCCCGGAAGGCACCUUCUCUUUCUGCUCCUGCCACGCAGAGGUGCCUUUCCAGAUCUGUAGCCACUAGAUUUUUAGUGUAGAUAGAAUUUACAUUUUCUGAAGCACAAAUAAGGUUAACAAUUUAAGCUAAAAAGCUAAGUUAUAUAAAAGCUGAGUAUAUAUUUUUCUUGAAGUGCAUAGUCAUCUUAAACUCUAAACUCACAUGUGCAGAACUUAGGGCCAGCUGACUUUCCGGCCAGCCCCUAAGUUUCUGUUAGGGAAUUUUCCCAUGAUUUAAGUAUCAGACUGUGACAACAACCUAAGAAGAUAUCACCAGCUCAAAGAAGAAACUUGACUUUUUUUUUCUUUUACUGAGAUAAUAUGUACCAGUUAGAUUAAAUGGAGUUUUUCCUCAUGUAAAAAGUUGUUCAAACAUUGAUGUGCUUCUAUUAGAUAAAACUUCAAGCUGCUCUGCCCAGUAACAUUCUUUGAACUUCACAGCCAGAUUUCCCAUGUGUUCUUACUGCCAGCAGCAUUUUUACUAACUUCCUUUCCUUACUGGCACGUACUAGGAGCACUGGACACUUAGUUCGUUUAUACCCUGUUCAAUUCCAGCCACAAUGAAAAUGCAAAUGAAAACUGUGCAAUCACAGAAUUGGCCUUGUUAUUAAGGAAAAUUAAGGGAAGCAAGUCAAAGAACACAUAAAAAAAAAUCUCAAGUCGAAGUUCAUCAGAUUCCAAGGUUUUAUCAUAUGG